AGUGCGACUGUUCACCUUUUCCUUUUCUAAAACUGUCUCUAAACACAGUUUUAUAAGCAUAGUCUCGUGUGUUUGAGUGUGUGUGUCUGUGAGAGAGAGAGAGAGACAUUCUAUACUUAAAUUCAGCAUUUCCAGAUUGUCCCUAGAUUUGGGAGUUAAUCAUCGUUACCAGCAGCAGACCCACCAUCUUUCUAUUUACCUCCCACUCUCUUUUCUUUCUCUGAAAAAAAGCAGAAAGAAAGUUGUAAUUUGUGAAUUUACAGUUCUUCCGUGAAUGCUACCUUGCUUUUUUCACACCCAUCUCUUUCCUAACUGACCAGACUCUCAAUAAAAUUGCCAGUAGUCAUUACUAACCCAACUGGCCGUGUAUGUUCUCUUGCUUUCACACUACCCCUGUAUACCUGUUCUCUUUCCUCUUAGUAUAUGUUUCUCUCUCUACCAGAUACCCAAAACUAGCUCCAGGUACAAUGUCUAAAAAGCCAUCUCAUCAAAGUUUGAGACACUGACUUGCAUGAAUAUGUUCAAGAAAAUCAAGCGUUUGAAACUACUUGAGCCCUCUUUGGGCGUUAUUGGGUUAUUUUUUGCUACUGUCUCUGUUAUUUUUUGCUUCUUUUACUUGGAUUACAGAGCGGUUGCAAAAGGGCUUCAAUUUUCAACCCAAUCUGAAAGGUUAUUGUGGUCGAAAUUUGAUGGCUCUAGUGAGAGUAAAAAAGUUGAAUAUUUGAGUGAGGAGGGCAGUGGGUGUGAUGUGUUUGAAGGUGAUUGGGUGUGGGAUGAGAAUUAUCCUUUGUAUCAGUCCAGAGAUUGCAGGUUUUUGGAUGACGGGUUUAGGUGUUCUGAGAAUGGAAGGCCUGAUUUGUUCUACACCAAAUGGCGUUGGCAACCCAAAGAUUGCAACUUGCCCAGAUUUGAUGCAAAGAUGAUGCUAGAGAAACUGCAGAACAAACGGUUAGUAUUUGUUGGGGACUCUAUUGGAAGAAACCAGUGGGAGUCCAUCCUCUGCAUGCUCUCUUCUGCAGUUCCAAAUAAGAGUGCUAUCUAUGAAGUGAAUGGCCUUCCAAUCACAAAGCACAAAGGGUUUCUAGUUUUCAAAUUUGAGGAGUACAACUGCACUGUGGAGUACUACAGGGCUCCGUUUCUUGUAUUGCAAAGCCGGCCUCCUCCUGGAACUUCAUCAUCAAAAAUAAAAACUACACUGAAAUUAGAUCAGAUGGAUUGGAGCUCUUUGAAGUGGAGAGACGCAGAUGUGCUGGUUUUCAAUACGGGGCAUUGGUGGAAUUAUGAGAAGACCAUAAGAGGGGGUUGUUACUUCCAAGAGGGAGCAGAGGUGAAUAUGGAGAUGAAAGUUGAUGGUGCAUACCGGAGGUCCAUAGAAACAGUUGUAGACUGGAUACAUCGUCAAGUGAACCACAGCAAGACCCAGGUGUUCUUUCGCACAUAUGCUCCUGUACAUUUCAGAGGAGGGGAUUGGAGAACCGGGGGACACUGUCACUCGGAGACACUACCAGAGCUGGGUUCCUCAUUGGUGUCAUCCCACACUUGGUCCCGAUGGAGCGUAUUCCUCGAUGUACUAUCAGAUCACUCAAAUGUAUCAGAUGGUAAAGCGUUAGAGGUUCUAAAUGUGACCCAUAUGACUUCGAGGAGGAAAGAUGGGCAUUCAUCUGUAUACUAUCUGGGUCCUAAGGUCGGGCCUGCCCCUCUCCAUAGGCAGGACUGCAGCCAUUGGUGUCUGCCUGGAGUCCCAGAUGCGUGGAAUGAGCUUCUCUAUGCUCUCUUUUUAAACCGCGAGGCUACUCGAUCGUGAAACUCAUCUAUAUCUGAGGCAGUUGGCCUAUGAGUGUUUUAUAUAUUUGCUGCAAGGAAAAAAAAAAAGAAAAAAAAAACUUCAAUAGUGCAUUAAAGGUUAUCCUGGAAAAAGAAGACAACAGAAAUGAUGAAUCAUACCAAGACUUAAGCAACAAGAAAAGACUAUUAUGGAUUUAUCAAGGCUUCUUAAAUAGAAGAUUUGAAUCCAAGGAAGCUGGGGUUCUGGUUAUAUUUUUGUCUUUUGACAUAGAAAAAACCCAAUUUUAGUGGUGAGCAGACGGGAACUCCUGUAGACAUAUACACAUACUGGUUUUUUUCUCUUUUCUUUUCACCUUUUUUUUUUUUGGCAACAAGUAUAGUUCCAUUCUUUUGAAUGACACUGCAAUUAGCAAACAUGUUGUAAAUCAUAUUGAUGGCUGGGUAUCUAUUACACAUGAUACUUCAUUGUAGACAAUAGCUUCCAGAAAUAAGC